CUUUCGAAAGGAUGGUGAUUGUGGAGCGUGGCCGGCGUGGCAGACGUUGACUAGGGAGUAUAUAAGGCCUACCGACCCAGCCCAAGUCAGUCAUUCACCGGACUAGCAGCCCAACUACCACCAUACACUCACCAAACAUGAAGGCCUUUAUUGUGUUCGCCUGUCUAGCAGUGGCGACGGCACGUGCCGGCAUCGCCCACGGACCAGUAAUCUCCUACGGUGGCCACGGUCACGGAGGUGGUGCCGGCAUCGCCCUGGUCGGCGGUGGACACGGUGGAGGCUACGGAGGUGGCUACGGAGGUGGCUACGGUGGUGGCUACGCCGGAUACGCCGGUGGUCUCGGCGGCGGAGCCGGACUCAGCGGUGGACUCGCCGCGGGAGCGGGAACCGCCGCCUCCCUCCAGGGUGGAGCCUCCAGCUUGGGAAGUGGUGGACUUGGAGCGAGCUACGCCGCCGGAGCAGCGGCGGCCGCCGGUGCCGCGGGAGUUCAGCAGAUCGUUUCUGGCGGAGUUACCGGAGGCAGGUCCGACAUCGGACCCGCGGAGGGACCCAAGGCCAACGUAGGACCCCAGAGCGGACCGUCCGACCUCGUAGGACCCCAAGAAGGCGCCAAGUCGAUCGGUGGACCCCGUACCGGACCAUCAAGCCUCGUAGGACCCGCCGCCGGACCAUCGACCCUCGUAGGACCCUCCCAGGGAACCGCGACCCUCGUCGGACCCUCCCAGGCUACCGCUAACCUCGUCGGACCCAGCUACGGCGGAGUCGCCUUCUACGCCGGAUCCGGUGGAAUCAACGGUGACGACGGUAGCUCCGGCUCUGCCGCUGCCGCUGCUCCAGGUGGACUCGGUGGUGCUGGCGCUGGUCUCGCCAUCGGCGGUGGACUCGGACUCGGCGGAGGUUACGGAGGACCCGGCGCCAUCGCCGUCAUCGGCGGAGGCCCAGGAAUCGCAGGAGGAAUCGGAGGACACGAUGCAGGAGUAGCCGUGAUCAACGGACCCUCCGGUGCCAUCCACGCUGGACUCGGUUCCCACGGUGCCAUCAUCCCAGCACCAGUUUCCAUCGGUCACGGCAAGUGGUAGGACGGUCUUCAUAGACAAAGCGAUCUCGGCUCGGCGACGGCGGCACACCCAUCAUAGUACUACCGGUUCAUCACAUAAUUACCCCCUCGCACGCGCCCUCAGCCUCCUCUUCUCUCUUCGGCCCGGUGCGAAUCGGUAAGAAGAUGUAAGACGUGGAGGAUGAGGACAAGAUGGAUGAGGAGGAGGGAGAAGAGGAGGAGGAGGAGACGUAAGAGAAGAAGAAACGGAACAAGGAAGAGUACGAGAAGGAGCAGGAGGACGAUAUCGGCGAGAGGAAUUGACGCGGUGAUAUCCGGAUGAGAUUCGAUCGAUUUCAUUCGAAUCACCUGAAACAAGAUAAACUACAUCACGAAGACCGAUCUUGAUAAGCGGAGAAAAA